CGCAGUAAACAGGUUAAGGCUUCAUUCAUCGUCCUCAUUCUAUGUAUAAUAACAUUGAACAAUGGAGGUUCAGUCAAAUAUGACAGUCUGUGGGGGAAGAAGGUGGAUUUCAUGCAGAAGGACUGUAAAUACUGGCUGCUGAAAAAUGAACACAAAAUCCCUGACCUGAAAGAGCUCAGUGUGUGUGUGAACAUAAAGAGGAAGAUCAGCAACUCGCACUGGACCGCAUUCACGUACCUGCACCCUGAUAAGACACGCAUAGAGCUAGGGAUGAAGGGCUCUGGAUCAGAACUAUAUAUCAUAAUGUUUGGAAGAGUCUGGACCAAAUCUUCCGUGGUGUCCUUGGAUAACUGGCAUUCAGUUUGCAUGACCUGGUCCAAGUCUAUGACUGAGCCAAAAGUAUAUGUUAACGGAUCCAAGGUGGACUUAAAGGCACAGUCUAAAGAAACGGCUCUCGACCCUGAUUACCAUAGUGUGGCCGCAGGUGGCACUUUGACUUUAGCUGUGGCCCACAAUUUUUCGAAGGGCGAGAUGAACAUUGAAACAGGAAAAGAACUGAAGGGAAGUUUAAGUAUGUUCAGGGUGUGGAAACGUGAACGCAGCGCUGAGGACAUUUCAGGGUUGACCUGCACUGAUGGGGAUGUUCUGCAUUGGGAGGAACAAAUCUGGGACAAUGUCAUGGACUGCAAGCCUACACUAGACAUUACUCAACAGUGUGACUGGCGUUAUUAUGAAGUAAAAUUAGUGUUUAUCAUCCAUCGUGAAGACGGAAACAAAACAAGCACUGAGGAUGCUAGAGAAGUUGCAGAUCAGUGGUUGACACAAGUAAUCAAAGACUUAAAAUUGUGGGAGACAAACAUAUAUUUGAACAAAGUCCUUGUGCAACCUUUAGGAGGCUUACACACACCCUCCAGUAGAAAUGCAGAGGAGGGAACCAUGCAAUUGUUGGCGACAAGUCCUGGAGUCAGCCAGUUUGACUGUUUGGCUCACCUGAAUGUGAUUCCUAGUGUUGAUGUAGGAAAAAUUCAGGAUGAACUUUCCGAGAUCCUUGCCAAGCGUUACAAAAUAGACCACUACGAAAUAAUUACAAGUCCUGAAGCCAUCUUCAUAUACCCUCUUGAGGAUCUCUUACCAGACACAACUACACCAAUAACAGCGACGGUGUCUUUGCCUCGUACAACUGAAACACUAACAACCACAACUUCUCAGCCGAUGCCUGUGACUACUCAAAUCUUGACUACUGCAAAAACAACAAGCACAACACCCAUACAAAUGGAAACAACAACAGCAGUUGUUUCAUCCUCCACUGAAACAAUCGCUAUCUCCACACCAUUCAUGGAAACAACGCUGGCAGAAAGUUCCUCGACAAUUAAAGACACAACAGUUUUAUCCUCCACAAGCCUUACAUUAAAUACAACUACAUGCUCUUCUACAGUUUCACCUGAAGGAAUAAUAUCGGAUAGUUAUUUCAAUGUCAACGUCAAUGUGACUAUAAAAGGCUCUGGUGACCCUAAGAAAAUAAUUGAAACCUGGCUUAAUGAAACUCUUUCUAGUGAAGGAAUAUCUGUGUUGCACUUCAAACUCGUGACCUCUUCAACACAUGCACGAAAACGAAGUGUGGAAACAAAAUCAUCCAAAGUGGUUGGAAAGCAUCCCCAGCUCUCAGAAACAAGCCAUAGAUGUGUCUUUCAUGCUCAGGUAACAACUUCCUCAAACAUAGUAGACACACAAAAACAGAUUCACCUGCUUCUGGAGCAACCAUACACCAGUGGAUCAGUAUACUUGGAUGCCCAACCUCAGGACAUUUUUAUUUCUUAUAUAUGGCCAUGUCCUGAACACAACCAUCACACCAGACAGGGGCUUUUUAAAUGGCCCCAAGUUGGGGUUCAACGCAUCACCUCACUCUCCUGUAAAGGAAACCCUGAAAAGACAGCAUACAGGGAAUGUUUUCUGGAUGCAAACUCUAACAAUGCUCAUUGGAAGUCUCCAGACCUGGGCCAGUGCCAGGUUGUGGUCAACAGAGUGUCAGAUCUGGAGGACAUUACAGUCACUAAUGACAAUGCAGAAGAUAUUCUGAUCAUUAUUAAGGACUUGAUGCAUGAGAACAAAUAUCUGGAUGAGUAUGAGCUCUCAACGAUACUGAAUAAACUAGCCGAUGUGAUUAACGUUAGCGUGAUCACACCUCCGCUGGGAGGGUUCAUCCUCAACAUCACAUCUGACAUCCUGCAGUCUAAAAGCGACCUGCUACCUUUUACCAACAGUAUUCUGAACAUCACAGAGGCUGUUGGAGACCAGAUGGUAGGGCUCAAUGGAAACUCAGUCAGUUUAACAACUUCUGCCCUGGCAAUAUCAGUGGUCAAUAUUGACCAAGAAAAUUUUCAUAACCUCACCUUUGGAGUCUCAUCUACUAACAAAGGUUUAAACCCUGAGAUUUAUAUCAACCAGGAGCCUUUUGAUGGUACAGUGGCCUUCAUUUCUCUUCCCUCUGAAAUACAAGACAGAUUCCCAAUCGUAAACGAUACCAGCCCCCGUAUUCAGUUUCAAUUUUAUGGUGUUCCAACUCUCUUUCAAACAAAGAAUGACCCAGAUAGGAAAGAACUGAACACUUAUGUGGUGUCUGCAAGUGUGACUAAUGCCACAGGACCCAUUGAAAACCUAAAAGAAUAUGUUGCAGUCACUCUGCGCCAUCUAACAACUAAGACAAAGGACCAGAAUGUCCAGUGUGUCUACUGGGAUUUCAAUAAGAAUGACGGAUAUGGAGGAUGGAGUCCAAAGGGGUGCUGGACGUAUAAUAUCAGCAAAGAUUACACAACCUGUCUUUGUGACCACAUGACCCACUUUGGAGUGCUGCUGGACGUGUCCAGAACUCCUAUUGAUGAAAUUAAUGAAAGAAUCCUCACUAUUAUUACAUUCAUGGGCUGUGGAGUGUCUUCAUGCUUUCUUGGGAUCACAGUGCUAACAUACACCCUCUUAGAGAAGUUAAGAAGAGACUACCCAUCCAAAAUUCUGUUGAACCUGUCCAUUGCAUUACUGGGACUGAACCUGGUGUUCCUACUGAAUUCCUGGUUUUCUUCUUUCGGCAUCGAUGGCGUAUGCAUUGCUGUGGCGGUGACCUUACACUAUUUCUUACUGGCUUCCUUUACCUGGAUGGGCUUGGGGGCUGUGAAUAUGUACUUUGCUUUGGUCAAAGUUUUCAAUGUGUAUGUGCCCUCAUACAUCUUGAAAUUCUGCCUGCUUGGCUGGGGGAUUCCACUUAUUAUAUGUGGCAUGGUGCUGGCUAUAAAGAGAGAUGCAUAUGGCAUGAACACCAUGAGUGAAUCCCAAAUGACACUGGAUGAUUCUGAAAUGUUCUGCUGGGUACAAAAUGAUGUGGUUUUUUACAUGUCAGUAGUGAGCUACAUAGCCUUCAUACUACUGUGCAAUGGUUCCAUCUUCUUAGUGGUUUUGAUCCAGAUUCGAAACAUGCAAGUCAAUCAACCUGCUGGCACCCGAAGUGGGAUCUGGAAAGACCUGCGGGCUGUGGCGAGCCUUACCUUUUUAUUGGGUCUCACCUGGUCUUUGGCUUUUCUCGCUUGGGGUCCUGUCAAAGUGUUCCUCCUCUAUCUGUUUUCCAUACUGAACAGCCUUCAUGGAUUCUUCAUUUUUGUGUUCCACUGUCUCAUGAAGGAAAACGUACGGAAGCAAUGGAGAAUACAUUUAUGUUGUGGAGCUUUCAAGCUGCAGGAAUACUCUGAAUGGAGCCAAACUGCAACUGUGGUUCCCAAACACAAACCCAAUCCACCAAAUACGUUUCCCUUCAUGGCAUCUGUGAGAUCCAUCAAGUCUAAUUCAACUCAGAGCUCAACGGUUUCCUCAGAAUCCAGCCAACGUCAGGUGACUAUCACAAGACCUGACCUGGGAUUUGUAUAUGAAAACAGUUUGGCAAUACCAAGAGCCAGGGCAGGACUGUUGGUUCUUCCCAGUGAUGCAUCUCCUGCCACAGGAAGUGGGCUUGAGUUUCCUUCAAGGCCAUGGAAGAAUGGAUUCAACACAGAUAUCUAUUCCAAUUAAAUGUGUCUGUUUUUUUUCUUUGUCGCUCUGUACUAAAGCACGUGUUUUUCUAGAAACUUUCAGUUUUAAAAUGACAUUUGGCUUUUCAGAAAAAUAAAUAACAAAAUAGCCUAAACAUGUUGAAAACAGAUUCCUCAAAUUA